AUGAGUGGACAGAAAUUAACAGUUACAUACUGUGAUGAAUACGAGGUGUGGCCACUGAUUGCCGAUGAUUUAUCUGCUCGACUUCCUCUUCGAAAUCUAAAAUGGCAGCCAUCGAGCCAACGCGCAGAGUGUCUCAUUCCCAUCCUCGAAGUAGAUCUAAAGCGCUUUACCAUUGACCACACGCCUCAACUCUUGUCAACAACACAAACCACCUACCUAAACUUGUAUUUUGUGUCGUGCGAGGAUAACGAGAUCUACAAGACAAAAGUGCGCAGAAACAUUCGCAACUGGGUAGAGACCAUUCAGUCGAAAAAGAACCAGGAAUGGAUGAUUGUCUAUGUGGCUGAUACAGAGGCCAAACGAACCAACAACUAUCUCGGCCUCAAAUCCUCUGUCUAUGACAAGAUCCGCACGGAUUUCAAUCCACCCAAGCAAGAUCGGUGUGCUUAUAUACGCAAGAAGGACCCUGACGGUCCUGAAUCUGAACUGUGGACAGCAUUCAUGGAAAAGAUGAAGGAAUGCAUUCUCUCCAGCUUUGACUUGCAAGUGCUUCAGAUACAAGAGGACACUAGACGAUUGGACAUGCAGAGGCAUAUGCCUGGAUGGAACUACUGCACGUUUUUCAUCCUGAAAGAGGGUCUAGCACAAGCAUUUGAAAUCAUGACGCUGUAUGAAGAUGCACUGAUCCAAUAUGAUGAGCUUGAGGCAUCCUUCUUCCAAGUGCUACGAGAUAAAGCGUUGGCUUGGUUUGGCCAUUUUGGAGGCACAGAUGCGGGCGAUGACAGCGGCAACAUCCUGGAUUUCAAGCGCAAAAACUACCGCGAUCUGAUUACCAAGAACAUCAUCUCUGUGUUUGAUUUCCGAAGCUAUCUGUUUGCUCGACAGUGUCGUAUGCUGCUCAAACUGCAGCGAGUGAUUGAAGUUACUGCUCGUGCUCAACUGUUUAUCACCAACUUCAUCCCAUCGAUUCGAGAGAAUGAAGAGCAUUUGCCCGAGAAUUUCGUUGAAUCCUGGGUGUUUUCUGCUUGCAUGAAUGUCGUGAAUGAAUGCGAGCCCCUGUCCUCUCAACUGAUUGUCAAUAAUACAGACUUGGUGGUGCCUUACAAUGCAGUUAAAGCAGAUUUGUUGCUGACAGCCAGGCGCCAGUUGGACAAGAUUGGCGUCAAAUGCGGACACUUACCCAUGACUGAUCCCUUCUCCAUCUACAUCAGCCACACAGAAGCUGUUAAAGCACCCAGCUCUGAUGAACCCAAAAAGUCCAUUACCAAUGUCAAGCUAUUGGAGGCAAUUGAAUCCAUAGAGGCGUUUGACAAGACGUAUAUGGGGCUGAGCACACGAGCUAUCAAAAGCUACGAUGCCAGUUUCAGAUCAAGAGCUGCCCUGAACGUCCAUGGUGAUAUUGCUGCUCUGAAAUAUAUCCGAGAGAAAUACGAGGAAGCUGUCAGAAUCUACGAAUCCAUGAUUUGGAGAUACGGCGAGCAUGAAUGGAGCUCCAUUGAGAACAGUCUACUGAUCAAAUGUGCCGACUCACAACAACGACUCGGCAAAGCAGAUCAGUACGUGGAAUCCUUACUGGCUCUACUCAAGAAUGCCAAAUAUCUCAAGGAUAAGGAAGCCACACAUUACACCGAUGAAUUGAUCACCAAUGUCGCCAAGCUGGAUAAGGAAAUCAAACGGCCCUUUCAGCCCAUUUUCUCUGUUGCUGUCAUCUCCAUCAUUGACGAUGGCACUUCUGUCAAAAGCACCAGUGUAGAAGUGUGUCUUGACAACCAUCUGCCUAAAAAGAUCCACUACGAUGCCAUCUCUUUAAGACUGGUAGGCAGUGAUCCUGAGCAGAUUUGGUUUACUAUUGCGGAUCAAGACCUGGAGCCUGGUAAGAAUACGUUUUUACUGACCAGUGAAACAUCGACGUCCGGUAACUAUGUCGUGGAGACGUGUGAAAUGAAGAUUGGAAAGCUUGUCUUUAGCCAUAAUUUCCUGCGUCCUGGACAAAAGAAGCGAGUGGUUCGUUUGAAUCAUGAUAUAAACCAAUUGUAUGCCACAGUGUCCCAGCCUCACGAGAUUUGCUUGGGCGAAAGACAGAGGUUGUCGGUCAAGAUUGAGAGUCGCUCAUGCGCUACAACGUCUGGUAUUCUGCUGCUAGAGUCACAAACAGAAGGGAUGGAAAUUGUGCAAGUAUCCAAAGUACCCGCUCUUGUCAAGACUGCGGAAGCGCCAGAAGAGAAAGAAACUGAACUGAAGAUGCUGGCGACUGGCGAAAUUAUACUGCCUGACUUGAAGCCUGAUGAAUCCAUCGAGCUGUUUGUUGUCUAUGAAGGUUCCUACACAGAGUUUGAUUACAGAAUCAAGACAACUAUCACAUACAAAAUGAAUGACACACAUCACAAGUUUGUCUCAUCGGACUACGUUAAAGUAACUGUGCCUUUGCUUGUAACAGAAUCAACUAUCUUUAGGGAGACUUGUGUCUUUUUAAAAGUGGAACUCUCUUGCAAUGGUGAUUUACCUGUUCGCAUUCUCGGCUCAUUCGCUAAACCAUCUACUUAUUACCUCGUUGAAAGUCAAUCUGAAAUGAAGCAGUGCAAUCUGACAUUGUUCCCUCGGCAAACAGUGUCUUUUAUAUACAAGUUGAUCAAGAGAGAGGAUAAAGUGGACACAGACGAUACCCAAGUCAAUUCAAAAAUACACUUUAACGUAAAAUAUCGAUCCCUGAAAGAUGAGGUGGAAAGUAGUCUUCAAAUCAUGCUAAAGAACAAGCUAAAGGAACUUAAUUUGGACCAACAUUUGCCUUACGUAUUUCAAAAAGCCAAGGAGGCCUUCUUGGGUUCUGUUGAUUACUCGAGUUAUGGAUUGACAGAUGUAGUCCAUCUCGAUGAUUUUGACGUAGAGCUCUGUGAAUCCUUCUUGCUGCACAGAGACCUCAAAACAAAGGUCCAGUUAUUGGAUGCCAUUGAAGAGUUCUUUGAGAAAAAUGAAGCCAUCACUGUGCAACAAAUUCAGCAGAUCUGGCCUAAUCCUCAGUUACAUUCUAUCGCUUUCCCUUUGGAGGUUCCCACUACAAAGAUCACCCACACUGCAGAACUGAUCCUCUCUGUGGAAAAAGACUUGCUAGUAUCCGAAGCAUGUCCUUGCACAUUACGCAUCAAACAGCUCACGUACUGGCAUCCUGCUGACAAGAUCAGCGGCAACAAUGACGAUUUCUUUUAUGACAUUGAUGUUGAUUAUGACAACUGGCUACUAUCAGGCAAGCGUCGUCUUCGAUUCACCUCAGAGCCGGAUACAGUGAUGGAUUUUCCCAUCAGUCUAGUGCCUUUGAAAACUGGCAACCUACUACUGCCAUCGGUGCGUGUCUCUGCUGUGACGCCGGACAUCUUUGCUUCUACAGUCUAUGUAAACAGUGCUCAGCAAAUCUUGGUGAAGCCUAAAUCCAAGACAGCGACGUUCUUUGUAGAGCAACAACAGCGAUUCAUCGCACCCGCCGUUAAUCCACCUUCUUUAUACGCUCCAUUACCCAUUGCAGAUGACAAUCGCAGUAGUAUUCGUAGCAGUGGUAUGGAAACACCAACAUUCUAA